AUGUCCGUCCCGUCGACCGAGCCGAAAGGCAUGUUUGACGACAAGGAAAAGGCCGGCUCGUUCGACAGCCCGGCCACACCAAUGGACACCGAUGCCACGCUCAACACGCUGCAGCGCGUCAGGACGGCCGAUGCAGCGCAUCCAGUCCACUGGAGCGGCCUGAAGAAGUGGACCAUCAUCACCAUCUACUGUGCCCUGCAGGUCUUUGUCACCAUCACGUCGACCAGCUACGUCAGCGCCGAGUUCCUCGUCCAGGAAAAGUUCAACAAGUCCACCCAGAUCGUCACUCUCGGCCAGAGCAUGUUCAUCCUGGGCAAUGCCAUCGGACCGGCCUUUCUCGGCCCCCUGUCGGAUAUCGGUGGCCGCAAAUGGGUUUACGUCAUCUCCAUUUUGCUCUUCGCCAUUCUGAACAUCGGCACUGCCCUGGCCCGCAACAUGGCCAUGCUCAUCAUCUUCCAGUUCCUGUGUGGUGCCGCCGGCAGCACCGCCCUGUCCAACGUCGCCGGCACUAUUGCCGACCUCUACGGCGAUGCUGACAAUGCCGGCCAGCCCAUGGCUCUCUUCGUCUUCGCCGCCAAUUGUGGCCCCAGUCUUGGCUCGCCCAUCGGCGAGUGGAUUGCAGACAAUCCGCACAUGGGUCUGAACUGGAUUUUCUGGAUCAAUGUCAUCAUCGGCGGCGCCUUUUCCCUCGGCAUGUGCUUCGUGCCUGAGACUCUGCCACGCAUUGUCAUCCGCGAUGCCGUGCGCAAGCACCAGGUCAACGACAGCGAGGAGAUCGCCAUCUCCGAGGAGCGCAUUGACGUCGUGCGCGAGAUGCGCUUCGUCACUACCAUGGCCCUCCGCAUCAUGUGCACCGAGCCGAUUGUCAUCUUCCUGGCCAUCUACAACGGCUUUGCCUAUGGCCUGCUCUUCCUCUACCUCGACGGCGUCUUUGACGUCUUCGUCGUCAACAACGGUCUCUCCUACAUCGGCGCUGAUCUGACCUACCUCAACUUUAUCGUCGGUGUCACCGUCAUGUUCCUCUUCGUCCCCGUCCAGACCUAUUUCUUCACCCGCGAUCGCCAGAGCAACGGCGGCACGCCGCGCCCCGAAGCUCGUUUCCUCACCUCGCUCGUCUGUGUCUGGCUCUUCCCCGUCUCGCUGCUCUGGUUCGCCUUCACCUGCAGUGGCAACACCUCCUUCUGGUCGCCCGUCGUCGCCGGUGGCGUGCUCGGCUUCUGCGACCCCCUGCUCUACCUCGCCAUGCUCAACUACAUCACCGACGUCUACACCAACGUAGCUGCUUCGGCCAUUGCUGCCUUCCUGAUCCCCUCCUUCGGCCUUGCCGCUGCCUUUGCUCAUAUCGGCAUUGUCAUGUUCGACAACAUGAGCGCCAAGUGGGCCAUGGCCACGCUCGGCUUCGUCUCCUUCGGCCUGGUCGCCCUGGUCUACGUCCUUUACUUUUUCGGUCCCCGGAUACGGUCCUGGUCGAAGCUCGCAAAGCACUGA